CUCAUACAACUAUUCAAGUAUCAAAACAAAAAGUUUUCUAACCGAUAGCCUAGUUACGUGAUGGGGGAAAAAAAAACCUACCCUUUUCCGUUAAAACAACUUCUCGCAAACCUUACAAAGUCAACCCAUCUCCUCAUGGAACGUAAACUUUGAACCCGCAGUUCCACGCCCCUGAAGGAUUGCUCACUUCCGCCUCUGGCUUCCUGGCUGCACCCGCCUAAGCGGAAGUACUUUUCUUUUGGGUCCUCCCACCAGUAGAGAGCUCUCCGGUGCUUCUAGUGCCACGACACCUCCCGCCUGGGCUGUCUCUACGGCGCCUGUUAGUUUUGCGUUAGAAAAGAUACUUGCAAUAUAACUUUUUCCUCAGGAAAUAAUAUCACCAGUUUCUUAGUCCAAACAACAACGUUCAGACACAAGUCUGGCCUAGUGUCUUCGCUGUCAGUGGCUGACGCAGCUGGAAGCGCGAGUCAGGCAGUGUGAAGACAGCCCCAAAUUGCCGAAAGCCCCCGUCCCGAUUCCUCCGGUGAAGACGUAGCUGCGGCUGACUGAGGUGAAGGCGUUCAAGAUGUCGACGAAGAAUUUCCGAGUCAGUGAUGGGGACUGGAUUUGCCCUGAUAAGAAAUGUGGAAAUGUGAACUUCGCUAGAAGAACCAGUUGUAAUCGAUGCGGUCGGGAGAAGACAACUGAAGCCAAGAUGAUGAAAGCUGGGGGCACAGAAAUAGGAAAGACACUUGCAGAAAAGAGCCGAGGCUUGUUUAGUGCUAAUGACUGGCAGUGUAAAACUUGCAGUAAUGUGAAUUGGGCCAGAAGAUCAGAGUGUAACAUGUGUAAUACUCCAAAAUAUGCUAAACUAGAAGAAAGGACAGGGUAUGGUGGUGGUUUUAAUGAAAGAGAAAAUGUUGAAUAUAUAGAAAGAGAAGAAUCUGAUGGUGAAUAUGAUGAGUUUGGACGUAAAAAGAAAAAAUACAGGGGAAAGUCAGUUGGACCUGCAUCUAUACUCAAAGAAGUUGAAGAUAAGGAGUCAGAGGGAGAAGAGGAAGAUGAGGAUGAAGAUCUUUCUAAAUAUAAAUUAGAUGAGGAUGAGGAUGAAGAUGAUGCUGACCUAUCAAAAUACAAUCUUGAUGCCAGUGAAGAAGAAGAUAGUAGUAAUAAAAAGAAAUCUAAUAGACGAAGUCGCUCAAAGUCCCGAUCUUCACAUUCACGAUCUUCAUCACGUUCAUCCUCCCCCUCAAGUUCAAGGUCUAGGUCCAGGUCCCGUUCAAGAAGUUCUUCCAGUUCGCAGUCAAGAUCUCGUUCCAGUUCCAGAGAACGUUCGAGAUCUCGUGGGUCGAAAUCAAGAUCCAGCUCCAGGUCCCACAGGGGCUCUUCUUCCCCACGAAAAAGAUCUUAUUCAAGUUCAUCAUCAUCUCCUGAGAGGAACAGAAAGAGAAGUCGUUCUAGAUCUUCUUCACCCAGUGAUCGCAAAAAAAGACGAACAAGAUCACGGUCACCCGAAAGCCAGGUGAUUGGUGAAAACACUAAACAACCCUGAGCCCAGGGCCAACCCCUGCGGAACACCACUACUUUACCCAGGCACCACAGGUCAUCUUCUGGAUCGUCCCAUUCUGGUUCCCGUUCAAGUUCAAAAAAGAAAUAAUGUGUUAAAAUUUACAUCUUAAAAAAAUCAACACAGUGCAUGAAACAUUUUUAAAGAAGUUGGUGUCUUACUUGGUCAGAAGUGCUAAAUCUGCUAGUAGAGGUGCAUGUUUUUCAUUGCUUUUCAGGACAAUACAUGUUGUGUUUAUUUGUGAAAUUACAAUUAAAUUGCAUUUUAAGCCAUAAUGUCCCCAAAUAGAUGCUCUGUUGUUCAUUUAUAGCUAUUUGCACCAUUUAAAACCAUCUCAGCUAUAACAGAGUACUGUUUCUUAAUUUACAUUCUUGUGGGGAUCUUGUUUUUUUCCUUGUUUUUUGUUUUUGUAUUUUUUGUUUUGGUUUGUUUGGUUUGAUUUUGAACUCUAAAUGUGUCUUGUUGGUUGAGUUACCUAGGCUUAGGCUUGAUAAGGAGGCAAGACUGGUAAAUUAAUUGAAAACUGUUGUGUUUAUGUUAAUCUGAGAAAAGGACUCAACUCAUUACAUUAAGCUAUGUCAAAAAUGAUUCUUACCAAAAAAAAAAAAAGUUGUGAAACAGCCAGUAAUUUAUAUUGAAAUUCCCUAUGCUGAGGGUGCCUUAGAAUCAUUGUUUUUUAUCCAGCUUUACUGUUUUGCACCAUCACAUUUAAUGCAAAACAGUCUUGUUAAUUGAAGAAAGAGAAGGUGUUACUCAUUUCUCUUGCUGACACACAAUUUGGGGUAAGAAAGAACGUCUAAUAUUUCAUCUUUUUCCUACGGAUAUAGUUGCCUGAUAACAAAAACAUCUUCUUUUGAAAUGUUUGUUUAAAAGUUUGAGAAGUUUUAUGUGAUAUCCUUUAAAAAUGCAGUUAUCAGAUACAUUAAGUUAGAAAGGCUAAAUCGUAGUUAAUAAGCCAAUUAAGGAAACCUUUUGGAGUGUGUUUCUGUUUGGGUUAAAGUCCAACAGAUACUGUGAAUUUAAGAGCAUUUGUGUUGACUUGUUUCAACAGGUUGCAUUUAAAAUUUUCUUCUGAAUAACGAAAGAGUGGAUAUUUCUGCAUGGUGUAAUAAUAAGUCAUUAUUUUUCUUAUCACUUGUAAUAACUUAUGGCUUAAAAUGCUUUCAGAGUUUCAUUUCUCAAAAUCUGGUCACUUGAGCUCCAUUUUGUUUUCUGGUUACAAAACAAAAAGAUUUCUCUUAACAGUAUCUUCAGUGACAAUACAAGGUAAGUAUAUUAAGGGAAAUCAGUAAUUGUGCUUGGGGCUUUUUGUUCUGGUGUGUUGCUUUUUCUCCAUAACAUUGUCUGCUGCAAUUGAAAUAAAAGUUAAAACAUUUUAAGGUACUUAGUAGACAGACCAAAAUUAUAUUUGUUUUUUUAUCUUAAAGUGAAUGUUUUCCUUCAAGUGAUCUAAAAAUGAAAGCAAAAAUAUGUAGAAAUAUUUUGAUAAUAUUUUUACAAUGAGCUUCUCAUGUUUUUUAUGUUUUAAUUUUCUUUGCUAUGUUUACUGUAGGUUGCACAAGAACUUUUACUAUCUUGUAAUUGUGCCUCAGACUUUUUGAAAGUCCACCUUUAAAUUUCCCAGAUGACCUAGAUUACACUUGUUACCAUCGGUUUAUUCUUGUGCUUUCUGUAUUUAACACUUGGGCUGUUCUAAGCAAGUGCAAGGUUAUAAAUUUAGCUAGUAGUAGUUUAUAGACAAUUCAGAUGAUUAUGGUUUCAUUUGGUUUAUCUAAGUUGUACUAGUUCAUUUCUUAUGGAAAUGAUGCUGUAGACAAAUGUAAAUAAAGUCUGUGAGCCAAG